AUGAAGGUCAAAUCCGUGGAGGUAGAAGGGUACACCACCCUGCCCAUACAGCUCCCCACAACCCCCCUAUUCCCCGAACCCGCCACACACUACCUCUACAUCCGACCACACGAGCCCCGAAUUCCAGACCCAGAUUCCACCCGCUCCCUCUUCAUCGUCAACGUCCCCAUCGACACAACAGAAGCCCACCUCCGCCACCUUUUCGGCACACAACUCGCCGCAGGCCGCGUGGAAAGAGUCCAAUUCGAAGAUGUUUUCACCAAAAAGCGCGCCGUCACAACCACAGAAUCCAACACCCAGUCCAAAAAGAAGCGCAAGCGCGUGACAGCCGAUGACUUCGAGCGCCACCUAGACGAUAUCACCUUCCCAUCCACCUGGGACCGCAAACUGCAAAAGAGCGGCGCACACGCCGUUGUCAUUUUCGCCGACAAGCCUAGCAUGGAAAGCAGCCUAAAAGCCGCCACGAAGGCCGCCAAGCGCGGGACGACCAUCGUCUGGGGCGAGAACUUGCCAACUGACCGCAUCCCCGUGCUGGGGCUGAACCGGUACGUGGCGCACGAGCGACUGCAGUAUCCGGACCGGGGCACGUUGCUGCGGGCGGUGAACGAGUUCAUGACGACGUUCACGCAGGUGGCUGAGACGCGCAAGCGCGAGGACCACAAGCGCUUGGCUGUGCCGGACGAGGAUGGAUUCGUUACUGUUUCGCAUGGACCGAAGUUGAAUUCUGUUGCGCGUGAGGAUGAGAUGCGGGAACUUGUUGAGAAGCAGAAGAAGAAGGCUGAGGGAUUGGAGGACUUCUACCGAUUCCAGUCUCGGGAGAAGAGGAAGGAGAGACAGAACCAGCUUAUCAGGAGCUUUGAUGAGGAUAAGAAGAGGUUGGCGGAGAUUAAGGCGCGGAAGGGCAAGAUUAGGCCCGAGUGA